AUGGACGCGCCUGGCGCGACACCGGCGAAUGAAACUGCCGUUCAGGGCACUCCCGAGCACUCCACGUCAACUGCACGAAGCAGAUCACCUACGGACUCAGCUCAAGAUACCCAGGACCGAGGCCGACCCGAAAAUGACCACAGCUCAAAUGGCAGUGGUAACGAGGACCAAGAAGAUGAGAACGAGGAAGAUGAAUCAGACGACGAUGACGAAGAGCCCCGCCUCAAAUACGCAUAUCUCACGAAGCACUUGGGGUCUGUAUACCGCAAUGGAGAUGCGACAAGCUCUUUUCUUGUAGCAGGAGACAAGAUGAUUGUCGGAACACAUAACGGAAACGUCUCUUUGCGUGUAUAUCAUGCGCACUCAGCGAGUGUCACUUCUAUCUCUAUAUCCCCUUUUCUGCCUCCUCUUCCGAACCUCAAGCAGGAUCCCUUCAAGCAAACCCAGGAUGACCAUUCCCCCCCUACACGAUCGUCUACCAAUACCGGCAGCAUUCGUGGUCAAAGUAGGAUGAAUAAUGCAUCCAUAUCCAACAUACCGUCGAACUCCAUUUACAUCGGAACCUCUUCAAUCGAUGGCAACGUUUGUAUCUCGUCGCUAGUAGACCCCAAGGAUGUGCUAUUGCGCAAUUUCGGUCGCCCGGUUCAGUCGAUCGCAUUGUCCCCCGAUUACAAAAGUGACAGGACAUUCCUCUCUGGUGGCCGGGCAGGUGAACUGAUCCUAACAACCGGCGGUCGUAUUGGAGCGAGCUCCAACUCGACAACAAUGGGGGGCGCGGCCGCAACAGCGUCAAGCUGGUUAGGGUCUAUGGGCCUUGCCUCCAAUAGUGGAAAGGACACUAUUGUUCACAGCGGAGAGGGUGCUAUUAGCACUAUCAGAUGGUCCUUAUCUGGAAAAUAUGUGACCUGGGUCAACGAGGAGGGCAUCAAGAUUAUGCGCUCCAAUCUGCAUCUGGACUCGUCCGAGUCCGAAUUUGCCUGGAAACGGAUCAGCCAUAUCGAUCGUCCGAACCGCCCAGGCUGGGAAGAAAUGGCCAGUGUCUGGAAAGCACGCGCAGAAUGGAUUGACCAGUCUGCUUUAGACAACCAUGACAAUCUUGACGUCAACGACAAUCCGGCAAGCUCAAAUGCGCAAUCGACCGUGUCUGUUGAUAAAGUAGAAAAGCUUGUCGUCGGAUGGGGAGGAACUGUCUGGGUUAUUGAUGUCUACCCCGAAAGAGCGAGCAAGACCUCAAAGGGCGAGAAGUUGGGCUCUGCUGAGGUUGUCACAAUAUUGCGGACAGAUUGCGUGGUAUCUGGCAUUUCGUUGUACACGCCUCGUCUUCUUGUUAUUCUCGCAUACAUGGAAACCGAAUAUGACACUACCAAUAGCGGAAGGGGCACUGGAACACGCAAUCGAAAACGGGGCUUGGAGCCUGAACUUCGUGUCAUUGACAUUGAGACUAAAGAAGAAAUCAGUGCCGAUACGCUUUCAAUCAACCGAUUUGAAGGUCUCUCGGCAUCUGAUUAUCAUCUUAGCGUCUUGCCUCCGUGGAAGACUCCAGAGGGACAAGUUGUUCAUCGUGGUGCCUUGGGGGCACUUGGUUACGGACUUCUGGAUGCUACUAUGUACCCUGCACGCCUUUUUAGCUCAGGUGCUAGCAUACGCAGUACCACAAGUAGCGGAGACAAAGGCUCUGCUAGAGCUCCCCCGUCUUUCAUGUCCAAACACUCGGUUGAGGAGACUCUCCCGAAAGAGGUGCAGGACGUUUCAGGUGCUCCUGGUGCCAAGAUAUUUGUCCACAGUCCAUAUGACUGCGUUGUUGCAGUCAGGCGGGAUCUUGCGGAUCGGCUGUCUUGGUUAGACUCUCACGGUCAAUACGAGGAAGCUUGGAACCUCGUCGAUGAACAUCCUGAAGCUGCAGGAUCCAUACCCGACCUGGGUGAAAUUGUCUCAGAAGCUGCUGGCAGGUCACAAACCAGUUUGGAUGACUUUUUUGCAGAUGAUCGAUCAUCAAUUACAACAGCUGGCCGGCCCAAAGUCUCUGCAGCAGAGCAAGAAAAGGCUCGAAUUGGAGAGCUUUGGAUUCAACAACUUGUUAGUCAAGAGAAGUGGGUUGAAGCGGCGAAGAUUUGUAGUAAAGUCAUUCGCAAUGCCCCACGAUGGGAGCACUGGGCAUGGAUCUUCAUCAAGAGAAGCAAACUGGAUGAGAUCACCCCGCACAUUCCCGUUGAUCUAAAUCCGUCGUUGUCUUCUGCGAUAUAUGAAGUGAUUCUCCGCCACUACGUGUCUCGAGAUUUGACUAGAUUCAAAGAAUUAAUCGAAACCUGGCCAUCUGAUUUGUUUGAUGCAAAUACCAUUGCAGCAGCCAUUGAAGAACAACUGAAAUCUGGAUCAGUGCGCGAUGAUUCCGAGGACUGGCGAACUCUCACUAAUUGUCUCGCCAAAUUGUUCUUGGUUGGGGGGCGUUACCGCGAAGCUUUGCGGUGCUAUAUUCGAUUGCAGGAUGGAGAUGCAGCCAUGUCGUUGGUGAGGGAACACCGCUUGCUUGAUGCGGUCACGGAUGACAUCCCGGCUUUCAUCAUGAUUCGCGUUUCCAAGGAGCAAAUGAAGUCAGCUACCAAGUUCGAGUUGGAAGAAUUAACUUCUGAGCCGACACGUCUUCUUGUUAGUGAAGCAUACACAGGCAUCGUUCUUCCGGAAACCGUCGUGUCACAGUUAAUUGCUGCAGACCGUUUUCUGUUUCUUUAUUUCUACCUUCGCGCGCUCUGGCGAGGCGAGUCUCUACCCCAUGAAGCCUCUAAACCCCGAAGAGGGCGAGGGGCUCAUGCUCGAGAUGCGGCCAGCAAGCUGGCUGCUGAUGAAGGCAAAGCACUCAUUGACAAUUUCGCCGAUACGACUGUCGAGGUAUUCGCCGAUUAUGACCGACCUCUGCUGAUGGAGUUCCUCCAAACGAGCAUCUCUUACUCCUUUGACAAAGCCACAUCCAUAUGUGAGCACCACAAAUUUACACCUGAGUUGAUUUAUCUUUUGUCGAAGAUGGGCCAGACGAAGCGGGCCUUGAACUUGAUAUUGUCAGAUCUUAAGGAUGUGUCACAGGCUAUUUCAUUUGCAAAGUCACAGGAAGACCCCGAUCUGUGGGAAGAUCUACUUGACUACUCGAUGGAUAAACCAAAGUUCAUCCACGGUCUUCUUGUUGAGGCCGGUACAGCCAUCGACCCAAUCAAGCUUGUGCGUCGAAUCCCGAGCGGAUUGGAGAUCGAAGGGUUAAGAGAAGGUCUCACUCGCUUAAUUCGUGAACACGAUCUGCAAGCUAGUAUUAGCCAAGGCGCGGCCAGGGUUAUGCAAAGCGAGGUUGCUCUUGGGAUGGACUCGCUGCGCAAAGGCCAGCGCCGUGGCAUCAAGUUCGAUAUCAACGAAGACAGAGAGGAAGACUUCAGCUUGACACCAACAGCCAAGGCCCAAAGUCAGGAUCAAUUAUCCCAGACUAGUGGUGCUACAAAGUUUGCCGGCACUGGACAGGGAAGAUGCGGUGGUUGUAACGUUGCCUUCCGAGCAAACGAGCGGGAAAUCCUUGUUGGCUUUGCCUGUGGCCAUGUAUUCCAUCUUUCCCACCUGCACCCAGGCACAUCACAACAACAAUCGGGCACAAGCAGCCGUGAUCGAUCUGCAGAUCGAACUCCACGAGCCUUGUCUCCAGUCGACGAGCCUACUUCUACCACUGCAUCUCGCACAGUGGGUCCUAAAGUGACCACGGCCAGGAUACUACGAGAUAAGAUCGGCGACGGCUGCCGGAUCUGUGCUUUGACGAGAGAGAUUGAAUCCCUUGGCGUUGAUGGCGAAGACUGA